UUGCUAUUUCGGAAAAAAGCUGUUUUUCGAGAAGGUGCUUCAAAAAAUAAUGUGAGUUGGGAAGAAGAUCAUAGGAAAAUUCAUGGGAACAUUUAUGGGGGUUUUUUGAGGAGAUUCUAGGGUCUCGGAACGAGAAUAGAUUUUCAUUAAGUUCCGAUUUUUUUUAAGGAAUACUGUAGGUUCUUUUUUCGGAUAAAAAAUUGAUCUUUGAAAAAAAAAUCCAAGUCAAAAUUUUUAUCCGAAAUUCUACAAGAAAUUGUUUAUGGUAAAACCUUUUUUCAAAAACUUUCUUAAAUUUCCUGACACAAAAUUUUGUCCAAGAAUUCUCUCACUCAAAAGUUCAAAAAUAAUCUUUUUCCUCUCCUCUAUUCGAAAUUUUCACCUGAUAACGUCUUUUUUUUUGAAACCACAAAAUUGUUUCUUUUUUUCGUACAAAAACAAUGUAUGUGAGUCCUUUUUUCGAAAAAAUAAAUAAAUAAUAAUCCACGCGCAAUGCGAUUUUUUCUGUUUUGUUUCCAAAAAUUUUCAUUUUUCGAAAAAAAAUGCUUGUCUCAUUCCGAACUUUUUUCGUAUUCUUAUUCCAACUAAAUUUUGAUGAGAAAAUUGUUUUUCUGAAUGAAUACAAGGUUUCCUUUUCAAAAAUAGAUACACUUUUUCUAUCAGAAAACUUGUUAUUUCAGAUAAUUCGGGUAAUAUGUUCGGUUCAAAUGAUCUCAAUGGUUCUUGUUACUUUGCAUGCAACUGGUAUGCCGUUUCUAGUUCGAGUCGCAAAUAAAUCACACUUUCUUUCAACGGUUUCUGUGUUUUUUAUGGAAGUUUUGAAAUUGGUUUUUUGUUUGGUAAUUACUUGGUAUAAUGUUGGAAGUUUCAAAAGGUUAGUUGAUAUUUUGAUUUUCUAGAUACUAGAUAAAUCGGAUACGGUUAUUGUUUUCUGUUACUCGGAUUUUCCUAAAAACGUUCUGAGCUGUAGAAUUCCCGGUCUUUGCAAUUUUUCGGGAAAGUUCUUGUUUCUGAAGAAAAAUCAUCAAUUUCUCAAAUAGAUUAUUAAAUCUAUGAUUCAGAUUCUUAAAAAGAUACAAAAGUUAUUCAAGUUACAAAGCUUCAAAAUAAACUAUUAUCUAAAAAAAUUUUGAGAAAAUUCAAAAAGUGACUAAAGGCUAAAUUUGCGUUAUCCAAAGUUUGUAGUCCUGAUACUGAGAUUCAAAAUUAUCUCUAAGAGUCAAAUUAUAAAUUCGCCAAUAUUUCAGCCUAUGCAAAACAGUUCAUCAUUCAAUUUGGUCAAAUCGAAAAGAAACAUUAAAAGUAGCAGUUCCAGCAGUUGUCUACGCAAUCCAGAAUAAUUUAUAUUAUAUCGCUCUCGAAAAUGUUGAUCCAACAACAUAUUCAGUAACCCUUCAACUUCGAAUUCUAACAACAGCAAUUCUAUCAGUUUGCCUCCUCAACAAAAACCUGUCAAUUUAUCAAUGGGGUGCACAAUUAAUGGCAUUAAUUGGUGUUGUUUUAGUACAACUUGAUAAAAAGAGUUCACCAAAUCAAUCAAAUGAAUCACAACAUUAUAUGAUGGGAGUGAUUGCAGUUGUUGGAAUGUGUUGGACAAGUGCAUUUGCUGGAGUGUAUUUUGAGAAAAUGUUGAAAAAUUCGACGGCUGAUUUAUGGAUUCAGAAUAUUAGAUUAUCUUUGUUGACCCUAUUUUUUGCGGCGAUUACUGUUUUGGUAACAGAUUCUGAAAGAAUUUAUACUGAUGGGCUAUUUCAAGGAUGGAAUUGGAUUGUUUGGUUGGUAACAUUUUUGAAUAGUGUUGGUGGUUUAUGUGUUUCAUUAGUUAUGAAAUAUGCUGACAAUGUUAUGAAGACAUAUUGUCAAAGUAUUGCAAUUGGUGAGUUCAAAAUCUACAGUACUCAAGGGUACUCUCAAAAUUGAAAAUUGUUCCAACAAGAUAAAAGUUUUGAAACUUUUUUAGAUUUCAAAAUGUGUGUCAAAAUCAAAUAUCAAAAUUAGAUUUCAAGAAACUUUUAUAAAAUUAGCUACGAAUCUGAUUUUUGAGACUACUGUCUACUUACCUACAGUACUCCAGAAAAUUGUCAUUUUCAAAUUAUUCAAUUCAAAAUUUCAAAAGUUUUCAAAAAUGUCUGCAAAAAAUAAUUUUGAAAAAUCAAUCCUCAAAAUAAAAAAUUAUCUGAAACUCUAAAUUUCAAAUUUGAAUUUUUUAAAUUGAAAAUGAAAACAAACUUAGAAAAUUCAAAAUUUUCUGAAAAUUACAGCCGUUUUCAUAGUUCCCAAAAAAUAUUCCUCCCAUUCCAUGUUUUCAGGUCUAACAUCUCUAGUUUCAAUAAUUCUUGGCGAACGAGAUUUGACACUUUUCCUUUGUUAUGGUGUUUUGAUGGUCACAAGUUCAGUUGUAAUAUAUUCUUGUUAUCCAGCUCAACCAAAAGAUCAUCAGCCAACUGAUACAAAAUCAGUCGAUAAAAUAGCUCUAUUGGAAUCCGGGUCAGACGAUGAACAAUAA